AUGAAGCUUCCUUUGGUAUUUGCCUCCCUCGUGGCCACAGUAUUCAGUCAAAAGGAGCUGUGUGCACAGUAUGAUACUGUCUCGAGCCCUCCAUACACAGUGAACAACAACCUCUGGGGAAAGGACCAGGGAACCGGCUCCCAGUGCGUCUAUGUUGACAGCAUCUCUAGCUCGGGCGCUGCAUGGCACACUACCUGGACUUGGAGCGGUGGCGAAGGUACGGUGAAAAGCUAUUCUAACUCCGGAGUCAACUUCGAGAAGAAGCUCGUGAGCGAUGUUCGCAGCAUCCCCACCAACGUCGAAUGGGAACAAGAUAACACUAAAGUCAACGCUGAUGUGGCAUACGACCUGUUUACCGCUGCGGACAAGAAUCACGUCACAUCAAGCGGCGAUUAUGAACUGAUGAUUUGGCUCGCACGCUACGGCACUAUCCAGCCCAUUGGCACCAAAAUUGAUUCAGCUACAAUUGAAGGCCAUACUUGGGAGCUGUGGUACGGCACUACCAUCCAGGCAGGCGCUGAGCAAAAGACGUACAGCUUCGUCUCGGCAACCCCGAUAAACUCAUGGAAAGGAGACAUUAAGCCAUUUUUCGAAUACCUUACAUCUAAGCAGAAGUUCCCUGCUUCUACCCAGUACUUGACCAACCUGCAGUUCGGAACUGAGCCUUUCACUGGUGGCCCAGCAACAUUCAAGGUUUCUCAAUGGACCGCCAGUGUCAACUGA